UUCUUCUUGUGCCACCAAUUUCCAUUUCCCUUACUACCCUGUGUUUAGCCGCUGCCCACCAUUUUGCAGCAAAACCUUCCUAAAUCAAACAUCUAUACCGCAAUUAAUCAAACCAUGAGCCUUCCUCAGACUCAAGGAAAAACCAUCUCCGAUGCCUGGGAUUACAAGGGCCGCCCCGCCCACCUGUCCAAGACUGGAGGUUGGAUCAGUGCCGCCAUGAUUUUAGGUGUUGAACUAUGCGAGAGGCUAACAACGUUAGGCAUCGCUGUUAAUUUGGUGACAUACUUGACUGGUACCAUGCAUUUGGGCAACGCAACCUCUGCCAACAUUGUCACUAACUUCUUUGGCACCUCCUUCAUGCUGUGUCUACUCGGUGGCUUUGUAGCCGAUACCUUCCUCGGCAGGUAUCUCACCAUCGCAAUCUUCGCAGCAGUUCAAGCAACUGGUGUUACAAUCUUGACAGUCUCUACAACAAUUCCCAGUCUACGGCCGCCGAAGUGCACUCCGGGUACCGGCACACCCUGCAUCCAGGCGAGCGGAAUACAACUCAUUGUUCUCUAUCUGGCCCUGUACGUGACGGCCCUGGGAACCGGCGGUCUGAAAUCUAGCGUUUCAGGUUUUGGGUCUGACCAAUUCGAUGAUUCGGACCCCGAAGAGAGCAAAAAGAUGACAAAGUUCUUCAAUUGGUUCUUCUUCCUCAUAAGCAUAGGGUCCCUCUUGGCUGUGACGGUUUUGGUGUACAUACAGGACAACAAGGGGCGUAAAUGGGGGUACGGCAUCAUCGCCUGUGCUAUUAUUGUUGGGUUGAUCGUGUUCUUAUCGGGAACCCGGCGGUACCGGUUCAAGAAAUUGGUGGGUAGUCCGCUGACACAGGUUGCGGCGGUGUUCGUCGCCGCAGUGAGGAAGAGGCAUUUGGAUUUACCGUCAGAUCCAUCGCUUCUUUACAAUGUUGAUGUAUCAGCGGCUGGAGGAGUGAAGACGAAGAAACAAAAGUUGCCACAUACCAAACAUUUCCGUUUCCUGGACAAGGCAGCAAUCAAGGACCCAUCAGUUACAGUGGCAAACAAGUGGAAUUUAUCUACCUUAACAGAUGUGGAGGAAGUGAAAUUGGUUAUCAGAAUGUUACCCAUAUGGGCAACCACCAUCAUAUUUUGGACCGUCUAUGCCCAAAUGUCAACAUUUUCCGUCACACAGGCCACCACCAUGGACCGUCACAUAGGCAAGUCGUUUCAGAUCCCGGCAGCAUCACUAACAGUUUUCUUCGUCGGCAGCAUCCUCUUGACCGUCCCCGUCUACGACCGGAUCAUUGUACCGAUCACUAGAAAAGUGCUCAAACACCCUCAAGGCCUAACCCCAUUGCAAAGAAUUGGUGUUGGCUUGGUCCUAUCAAUUAUGGCAAUGGCAGCAGCCGCAUUCACAGAAAUCAAGCGACUAAGAGCCGCAAAAUCAUAUGGUUUGGUGAACAAUCAGGAUGCCGAAAUCCCAUUAAGCGUUUUCUUGUUGGUUCCACAAUUUUUCCUCGUUGGGGCAGGGGAGGCGUUCACAUACAUGGGACAGCUUGAUUUCUUCCUGAGGGAGUGUCCAAAGGGGAUGAAAACUAUGAGCACAGGGCUGUUUUUGAGUACCCUUUCGCUUGGAUUUUUCGUGAGCUCAUUAUUGGUUACCAUUGUGGACAAGGUUACACAUAAUAACCCAUGGCUACCGGACGAUAUAAACAAAGGGAAGCUGUAUAAUUUCUACUGGCUUUUGGCGAUUUUGAGUGGUUUGAACUUGGGAAUUUAUUUGGUUUGUGCAAAGGGGUAUGUGUACAAGAAUAGGAGGCUGGCCGAUCAGGGGAUUGAAUUGGACGAAGCAGAUGGACCUGCUUCCCAUGCGUGAUGAAGUGGACUUUUUGGUAUGGUGUCUUUCUAUAUCAAAGUCCCCUUUUGAACUUUUAAUAAGGUUUUGUCUGAUUAAACUGAAUGCUUUAGAUGUACUACAAUUAGAAUUCAUAGUAAAAGAUUAAGAAAUAU